AUAUCGCACUAUCUUUCAUACCAUUUCAAAGCUUUGCCAUUUCGAAAGCAAAAGAGCUUGUCUAUUUUUACAAAGCUAUAUUGUGUGUAUUUCUUGCUUUUCUCCAAUCAUGGCUGACAGUAUAGUUCACAAUCAUACUCCCAAGAGUGACACUGAAAAACCAGGCUUGCUGGCAAGACUUCACAUAACCGAUAGUAGUCCCAGCUUGAGUGAUGAAGAAGAGAAAAAGAAAGAUGAUCAAACCAUGAAGGAAAAGGUGGAAGAAAAAUUUGAAGAAGACAAGGUGAAGAUGAAUGUUAAAAUUAUACAAGGCAGCGAGACAGCCCUAAAUCUCAAACAAAAAAUUGGAGAACAAAUCGAAAUGACCAAAGAAAAGAUUCCAGGAUAUCCUUCAAAGAGCGAAGAAGAUAUCAAAGCAGGAAAAGGUGUGUGAUUUAGAAUAAGAAAACAUCUAUGAUUUUUGUUGGUUUCCUUUUUUUAAUGUUGUAUCUGUUUUAAAACAUAUCUUGUAAUUAAUUUAUAUUUUCAACUGUAUUUAGUUGCACA